AUGGUGUUAAGACGCUUCUCAUCACUCCAUGCAGUCGUUGCCCUCUCGGUGCUCGUCCUCUUCUGGAUGGCAUGGUCUAAUGUUCGCCUACGAGAGAGCGACAUGGACGUGAACAAGAAUGGAAGCACAGAACAACAAUAUGGCGGUCGAUACGGAGGUGCAUUACGACCACCACCACUGAGGACAGGAACCAUAGAUCGUCUACACGGCCACGAGGACCAUGAUGUGACCCGGUCACGGACCAAGGAAGAGGAAGAAGAAGACGAACUCCUUAUGGCUGAGACUGAACGAGGAUCAUCAACUCCAGGACACGAUCCGGAACUAGAUCUGCCAUAUGUCUCAGACAGGACGACGUCGCCUCUCGAGAUCCUCACAAAGAACUUUACCAUCGUCACUGCUGCAUCCGCCAACCACUUCUGUGCCCUCGAGAGUUUCCUCUACUCCAUGUCCGAGGUCCUUGAGGGUCUCGAACGGUCAGAACUCCGUCCCAAACUGGUCGUCUACAACCUUGGUGGGAUGUCGUACGAACAAAAGAAGCAGCUGCGACAUCUCAAGGACAACCAGUUCAUUGAUGAGUACAAGGAUUUCGACUAUGCGGCUUACCCGGCCUUUUGGGACAUCAACAGGGCGCGUGGAGAGUACGGCUGGAAGGCCGGGAUCAUCAAGGAGGUUGCGGAUACUUACGGAGGGUUGAUCCUGUGGUUGGAUUCGGGCAACAUGUUGGCCUUGGAUUUUCUGAGGUAUCUGCCGGGGUACCUGGACCGGUUUGGGUUCUGGAGUCCACAGAGUUCAGGAUCUUUCCGACAGUACACUCAUGAAGGUCUGCCACAGUUCUUUGGGGACACGGUCGAGCCCUAUGCGCAAGAGACGAAUUGUAACGGAGCGGCGAUUGCAUUUGAUGCGUCGAACGAGCGGAUUUCGAAGGGGCUGUUAAAGGAAUGGUACCGGUGUUCGUCGAUCAAGGCUUGUAUUGCGCCCAAGGGGUCUUCAAGAGCGAACCAUCGACAGGACCAGGCGGCGUUGACGUAUUUGGUCAAGAAGAUGCAUUUCGUGGAGCAGUGUCGACAUUUCCCAGAGCAUUACGGAGUCACGGUCCACCAGGACAAGGUCUGCCGGGAGAGGAUACGGGCUUAUAAGAUCAUGAAGGGUCUUGACCAGGAGACGGAUUACCUCGAGGAGGAAGUUGAGGACGAUGAAGAGGUGUAG